AUGAACGAGAAGCACGGUGGAAAUUAUACGGUGGACGACGAAAAGUUGAACGACGGCGAUGGCACAAGGGCUGGAGCAUCGGAGGGCUCACCACAACCUGGAUCGCAACAAGGGCAGGGCAAGCGGAAGAGGGUAUUUAGCAAUAGGACUAAGACUGGUUGCAUUACCUGUAGGAGGCGGAAGAAGAAAUGUGAUGAGGGAAAGCCUGAAUGUUUCAAUUGCAAACGCGGUGGAUUUGUCUGUGAAGGGUAUUCCGGAAAGAUUAACUGGCAGAAGCCACCCGGCAGGAGUGCCAACGCGGCGGGAGCGCCAGUAAGCAUCCAAUCCAAGACAGAACAAACAGGCUCAGCCUCCGCGUCCCCCUCGCCCGCCGUCGUGCAGAAGCAAUCCCAAACUCACCGGCUAGACGAGGUAGCUCAGCAUCAGUCACCACAAACCAGAGUGGUCCAGUUCCCCUACGUCACAACACCCACGGUAGUUCCGGAGAAGCAAGUCUCGGAGGGGUCCACCUCACCCAACACUGUCGAGCUCCCGACUCCCCAUCCACCCCCGAGGACGCAGAUGCCUCAGGCACCCGCACUUCCGUUUGUGUCAGUCGUGCCGCAACAAGCAACGCCGACCAACAAUGCUGUCACCAGCCACCCUACCUCGGUCUCGCAGGCUACGGUGGCCACCGCCAGCGGGUCUUCCAUGCCUCGUGAGCGUUCAGAGAAGGAGAAGAUGAUCAGCUCUGAGCUAUAUUUCGCUAGUUCUCCUGAGCUGGUUGAGGAGCGGGAGAGAUGUAAGGCUGCGUGCUGGCGCUUCAAUAGCGCUGCCACGAACCCCGAUCUCGGCAUCUCGAAGGCUGAAAAGGGGAGGUUGCUGCACCAGAUUUUACGACCGGGAGGGACGUGGGAGGUUACUCGAAUUAACGGCCUUACGGGACCGGAGAUAUCCUACAUUAACGACGCGGGCACGCCUAGCGAUAUCGUGGAUGUUCGUGUUGAUGCUCCAUUCAAUUGUAGUUAUGGUUACAACAUCCGGUUAGGGAGGGAUGUUUUAAUCGAGGCUGGGUGCACGAUUUUGGAUAGUUGCUCCGUAACCAUCAAAGCACGGACCGUCCUCUCGCCGGAUGUGAGCAUCUAUUCAGCUACCCACCCAAUAGAUCCCCGAAAGCGGAACGGUUCCAAAGGCCCGGAGCUAGCAAAGCCAGUGAUGAUUGAGGAAGACUGCUGGUUAGGCGGCAAUGUCAUUGUCCUUGGCGGGAUUUCAAUAGGCAAAGGGUCGGUCGUAGGUGCCGGAAGUGUGGUUACUAGGGACGUUCCACCUUAUACAGUGGUGGCCGGAAACCCUGCCCGAGUAAUCCGUGGGAUAUAUCGCAAUGAUAGCACGGAUAUGUGA